AAAUAUAUAAAACACACAUAUAUAUAUAAAAUGAUUCAUACUUUCUUUCAAAACUUCGGAUCUAGUCCAGGUUCGCUUAAACCCGUUUCAGGAUUAUAUACAACUGCGUGAAACGAAACGGGACAGAAGUUUAUUUCUUCAAUAACUUUCUGGGCGCUAUUCGAUAAUUCACUAAGCGUUUUAAACGUAUCUUUUAAUAACAUACUUCCCGAGCACUGAGUAAUGUACAAGCAAUGGCGUAGGAGAGAGUUUGAUAUGUACGUAUAUUGAUAUGUAACGUGUAUUAAUUGGAGGCAGUGUAAAAGCAUAAAAUGCACCGUGAAUCAUGCGGAUUUUAAACUCAUUCAUAUCGACUUAAGCUUUGUGACAUUCACCUCGUCUGUACCAACUGUGUUGUCUUACUGUAACGUUUAUUGUUUUAUUAUUCUAUGAACAGAAAUUAAUGUGUUUUUAAACUGAUAGUGUCACCGAUUCUUGAAACUUUGGCAAAAACAUGUCCCACUAAGAAACGUGCUCAUUCUGUUAGAAAUUAAUAACAUUUUCAUGAAUAAAGAGAACCAAGGUUAUAUAAUUAGGGGGUCCUUUGCACAUAUGUAAGGUUCUUUUAUAGGCUUAUUUUUAAUUUUUAUUAAUUUAAUGAUUAUAUGCUGGCCCAUUGCCUACAAAAUCAGUCGUCCUCAGAUAGGGGAUAAUCAUUUCAACUUGAUUAAAAAAACAAAAACUGAAUAAUAUCUUUUCCAUAUGAAAGAGUACAUUGUAAUAUGUAUUAAAACCUACAAACAGUGAGUUUUGAACAAUAUUUACUAUUACUUUGUGGUUGCUCAAAAUGUGUCCCACGUAUUCGUCACCACCGUCAGAAAUUUAUAAAAAGCAAUAAAAUCAGGCAACUACAAGGUCAACUACAUUCCUGAGGACCCCAUUUUCAAACGAUCAGCUCUAUUGUACGCUUCAAGAUCACUCAAGCUCCUGUUGAAAACCAUUUGCAUCUAAAUUUGACUUUCUGGAGGACUGAUGUUGUGGACGGUUGAGGAGCAAUUUAUUGCUUACAGCAGGAGCAACAGAUUCAGAAUAUUUAUUCUGUUCCAGCUGAUAAGUGGCUGAUCCUGCUGAAGUCAUGGAGUACAUGUCUCCAGGUGGUACCAUGCAGAAUGACAUAUAUUCCCUGGUUCUGGUUCUGAAUGGGAAGUGCUUGCUUAAUUGGGCUGUGGUGGUGCUACAGAGGCGCCACAUGGGGCAGAACCUCCUGGGCUUUCUCUGUGUCUCCUUGGCCCUGGUGGACACGCUCCUGGCCGUCGGCACCUCAGCCAUCUACCUCCUGGAAGACGCGUCCAUCCUCGGCCUGCGUCUAACCUCUCACCACAUUUGCCUGCUGGUUCAAACCGCGUGCUUCACCUAUGGCCUGAUGCACUGGCCCAUCUUCUUCCUCAUAGGCUUGGACCACUUCUGGAAUCUGUCCCAUCGCCCACGGCCCCUGCACUGGGCCAGGAAGCUAGGGUACGGCGUGGGGGUUGGCCUAAUCUGGACCACAGCCCUGCUCUAUGUCACAUUGGUCACCCAGUUUUACUUGGAGGUCCAGGAGGAGCCGUACCUGCUGCUGAGCUCGUGCCAGGUGUUCCAUAGCCCCCAGAGCGCCCAGGUCUCUGUCGUGCUCCUGAUAACCCUCGCAUGCGCUCUCAUACACAGCGUUUCAGGGUUCCAAGCUCCGGUCUUCAUGGAAGCAAAGGUUCCUGGACGCAUCAUUGGGUCUGUGCGGGUGGAGCCGCAGUGCAUGUCUCCAAGGUCCAUCCUGUCUAGAAAGCAGGUGCUCUGCCUAAUCCUGCAUGGCUUCCUCAGCACAUGGGCCCCCUACGUGCUUCUGCAGGCAGCCGUCCUGGUGCUGAGGGUGAACAUUCCCGCAUAUAUGGACCUGAACGUCCCUUGGCUCUGUUUCCUCAACAGCUUCCUGAUCAGCGUGGCUUUGUGGGGCUAUACCCGGGAUCUGUGCCAGCAGGAAAGGGUUAUGUUUACAGACGGCUUCUGCCACUGGGAUUUCUUUUCAGGCUUUCCAGACAUAGAUGGUCAUCGUUCAGAGGGACAGACCUGCGUUGAUGUUUCCACUCUCAAAGGAAUCUCUGCAUCACAGUAACGAGUUUGGGCUUGGAAUAUGCAGUUUUUAAAAGUCACAUUAAAACUUAAGUUUUUUUGGAUUGUAUGUUAUUUUCUAUUUAGGAUAGGAAAGCUGUUGCAAUAACGUGAGUUUGAUGUUAGCCUUGGAUGCUGUCAAAAAUUCAGUGCUUCAUCACAUCUAUUUUUUUCCAAAGCUGAGACUACACCCUCACAAAAUAUCACAGCAGAAAUGAGGGAUAUCAUCUCACGGAGAAAAGGCCAUGUCUGCUUCCUACAUAGGGUACAGAGCAAUUUCACUUUGGGUAUGUGGUGAAUAUAAAAAUGUUCAUUGUUGACGGUACGUAUACAUGCUUUCAAUGCUUGUUCUCAUAAACCUGUCUGGUGACUUUAAAAGUAUGUGAGGGGAAUAAAAGAUAAUAAUCUUUUGUUUCUAUUUAAAGUUUCAGAGCAAUGUUUCAUCAUUUGCUUAGCUUUUUAAACAUCUCUCAACACAUGUCCUGAGCACUGAGUGAAGAACAAGCAUAAAAUGCAACAUUUAGUCUUGAAAUCAAACGAAACCAUAGCAUUCUGACAUUCCCCUUCAUGUCUGUACCAACUGUGUUGUUUUAUUGUGACAUCUGUUACCGCAUUCCUAUUCAAUGAUCAAAACUUGACCUUUGUUUUAUUAACAAUGUAUUUUUCAGCCGAAGUUUCCUUUUGCCGAUAUAAUCAUGGACCUCAAUUGACAGUACAAUUAAUGAAAUACGAUGCAUUUGAAUGAUUGUGGAUUGUUACUGGAAAAUCUGUGUACAUGAAAAUCUGCAUAUCUGAUGUUAAACCGUGAUUUGACAUGCUUAUAUUUUUGUAUGAGGUGCUCUAAAGAACCUUACAUUUAAAGUGAUCUAAUUUCAGAUUAGAUUGUUAAGAUCUAUUGCACUUGGAGUAUUUCACCAUUUGACACUAUAACGCUGAGGGAUUUCAAAAAAUCACAUUGAAAAUAUUUUCAUGAUAUAAAAGAAGCCAUAUUUUGUUCAUAUGAAGCAAAGCAAAGGAAAAUUAUGCAUAUUAAUGCAUAAAAAUAUCACCUCCUUCAGGCUGAAAAUCAUUUGCAUCUGAAUUUGACUUUCUGAAGGACUUGUGUUGGGAACGGCUAAGUUCAUCGCUUUUCUCAGGAGCAGCAGAUUCAGAAUAUUUAUUCUGUUCCAGCUGAUAAGUAAGUCUUAACUGAAACUCCACUUGAAUACUGAACAUCUCUUGGCUCUGUUUCCUCGACAGCUUCCUGAUCAGCGUGGCUUUGUGGGGCUAUACCCGGGAUCUGUGCCAUCAGGAAAGGGCUAUGUUUACAGAUGACUUCUGCCACUGGAAUUUUUCCUGCGCUUCAUUUAUCUCGGAAGUCAGAGCUGGGAAUGAAGUUACGUUCGAGUUAACCCUAUUCCAGUACAACAAAUCAUAAAGCCAUUUAGAAAUACCAGGGACUUGUUUCAAACAGCAGGAUUUUUUGCUUAGCCGGAUAACUUGUCGGAUUUAACAUACUCCAAUUUAAAUGGCCCUUACCUUACAUUUAGUCCAGACUACCUUAAAUCCGACAAGUUACCCAGCUAAGAAAUUCGGCUUUCUGCAACAGGCCGCAGUUCUAGCCCGGUUAAUUGUUAGCUAUUGUUAUCAGUGGAUAGCAUUAUUUUGUGCAUAAAACACCCUAGCAAAUUGUCCACAGAUAGCGGUUGGACAGUACUGUGUGUACGACCGAAUUAAUGAGCCUCAAAUAAGACGUAAGUGAUAAUAAACAGUACAGCUUUCACUUCUGUUGAUAAAGGGCACAGCCAUUCUAGACUGAGGUCGGGUUUGUGUAGAUUCCUCCGACUUCCCGAGUAGGAAUUCUGACUUCAAGGAGUGUGUUAACUCCAGAAAUUCCGAGUUGAAAUGGAACGUAUCUGGAUAUGCAUGGUGUCACUACAGCACCGGCGGGCACAGGUGACCGAGAACAGGGUGUGGCAUCUGGGACAGAAGCCACCUGUCAGAACCUGGGAGUAGCAGGUCUUUCGGGUCGGCGACCGCUGUGCCACGCCCACAAUUACACGCGUGGCUGGAGAUGAAUAAUCUGGCCAACCACUACUGCUCCACCAGCAUCCGUGAUUUGAUAUAACUCACCUCAUCUUGGACAUUACUUACCAGCCAGUCAUUGGCUGCCUGCAACCCACUAAAACACCUUCGGUUUUCAGUCUUAUUCCUUUGGUCAUCACUCUACUUUUGGAUCUCUUUCAGACAACGCCACCACUCACCCCAUUCUUGAUUGCCCAGAGUCUGUGAAUCACCCCCUUCUCCGCAUGUCCCCGGGACCUUUAUCUAAUAAAUACAGCCUAUGCUCUUACCAUU